CCGAAAACUUUGCCCCGUCAAACCAGAUUGUGCGCUUUGACGCAGCGAUGGGAGCUUCGCAGACGCACUCCGAGCACAAGUUUCAGGACUUGGUGGACAAAACUGGGUUUUCCUUGGAGCAGAUUAUAAACCUUCACAAAAGAUUCAAGCAGCUGAGUGGAAAUGAAGACACAAUAAGCAGGGAAAACUUGGACAGCAUACCAGCCCUCGCCACCAAUCCAAUCAGAAAGCAAAUCAUUGAAGCCUUCUUUGACAAAAGAAACCAACGUCAGGAUGAAGUGGGCUCCUUCCACGAGAUCGGCUUUGAGCAGUUCCUCAUGGUCAUGUCCCACUUUCGCCCGCCAACCCUGAAGACGACGGAGGAGGAGAGGGAGGUGAUGAGGAGAGAGAAGCUUCGAUUCCUGUUCAACAUGCACGACACAGACAGUGACGGCACCAUCACUCUGGACGAGUACAGGAAGGUAGUAGAAGAGCUUCUGUCAAAAAGCGGUGCCAUCGGGCUGGAGGCUGCCAAGGCGAUAGCAGAUGCUGCCAUGUUGGAAGUGGCAAGCACAAAUGUGCCCCACAUGGAACCAGACGAAUUUUAUGAAGGAAUUACGUUCGAGCAUUUUGAACAGAUCUUAAAAGGCCUGGAGAUGGAGUCCAGGAUGCACAUUCGCUUUUUGGAUGUGAACACCACAACGAUGCAUUGUGGGAAAUGAACCUCUCAGAAGGAGUCAAUUUCCUUUU